GGUGCGUUUGAUUUGACUCGAAACAUGCGUUUGAGUUUCUACGUGCGUGCGACGAGCAGCGGCCUCACGGAGGACGCUUCUGAUUGAUUGAGCUCCCCCCAGCUCCACAGACUCACCACGCACGCGAGUGAUGCGAUCGCGGGGGGGGAACCGAGCCCAUUGUCUGAGCAGCCCCGUCCACUGUGGGCGCCACACGCCGGGGUUUAGCGGCUUCGGGCCUGAAUGACCUUUAGUGUUUCACGGAACCCGCUCGCCGCCACUCCCUCACAUUCUGCUGAGAGUCAUCAAUUAUGCAGGGAACCCGCUCGCGCUGAGGGGGAAGACAGCAGCACCAAUAUGGCGACAACCGCAGUUUCUCCCCGAUCUUUUCCGCACCUGCAGUCUCACAGCGGCUCUCUGGAUUCAUUGUAACGCCCACAAAAGCUGCUACUGUGGAUGGUACAAACCUAAAGACCAAGUAGCUGCAGGAUGAAAACAUGGCUGCACCCCUUCUUGCACCGCCAGGACCUGAUAGCUUCAAGAAGUUUACUUUGGAAUCUUUGGCGACACUUGAGCAGCGCAUCAAAGAGGAGAAGAACAAGAAGCCGCCCAAGCAGGACAGCAGUUACCGUGACGACGAUGACGAGAACAAGCCCAAGCCCAACAGCGACCUGGAGGCCGGGAAGAGUCUGCCCUACAUCUAUGGGGACAUCCCUAAAGGAAUGGUGGCGGUACCACUGGAGGACCUGGACCCAUUCUACCUGAACUCUCAGAAAACAUUUAUAGUGCUAAAUAAAGGGAAGACAAUCUUCCGUUUUAGUGCCACACCUGCCUUGUACUUCAUAAGUCCUUUUAAUCUGGUUAGGCGAAUAGCUAUUAAAAUUUUGAUACAUUCUCUUUUCAGCAUGAUCAUUAUGUGUACUAUUUUGACCAACUGUAUAUUCAUGACCUUUAGUGAUCCCCCUGAAUGGUCGAAGCAAGUAGAGUACACGUUCACAGGAAUUUAUACGUUUGAGUCUCUUGUAAAAAUCUGCGCGCGAGGAUUCUGUAUAGACGGGUUUACAUUCCUACGAGAUCCAUGGAACUGGCUGGAUUUCAUGGUCAUUUCAAUGGCAUAUAUAACAGAGUUUGUGGACCUGGGCAAUGUAUCUGCGCUGAGAACGUUCAGAGUUCUCCGAGCAUUGAAAACUAUCUCUGUCAUUCCAGGCCUCAAGACCAUCGUGGGCGCCCUGAUCCAGUCUGUGAAGAAGCUUUCGGACGUGAUGAUCCUGACCGUCUUCUGCCUCAGCGUCUUCGCCCUCAUCGGCCUCCAGCUGUUCAUGGGAAACCUGCGCCACAAGUGCGUGAUCUGGCCGAUCAACACCACGGAGAGCUACCUGUCCAACGGCAGCAAGGGCUUCGACUGGGACGAGUACAUCAUGAACGAGACCAAUUUCUACUUCCUGCCCGGCCAGUUGGAUGCUCUGCUCUGUGGGAACAGCUCAGACUCGGGCCGCUGCCCAGAGGGCUACACCUGCAUGAAGGCUGGGAGGAACCCGAACUACGGCUACACCAGCUUCGACAGCUUCGGCUGGGCCUUCCUGGCUCUCUUCCGACUCAUGACACAGGACUUCUGGGAAAAUCUGUACAUGCUGACGCUGAGAGCGGCGGGGAAGACCUACAUGAUCUUCUUUGUGCUGGUGAUCUUCGUGGGGUCCUUCUACCUGGUGAACUUGAUCCUGGCUGUGGUGGCCAUGGCCUACGAGGAGCAGAACCAGGCCACCAUGGAGGAGGCCCAGCAGAAGGAGGAGGAGUUCAAGGCCAUGUUGGAGCAGCUCAAGAAGCAACAAGAGGACGCCCAAACUGCUGCCAUGGCAACGUCUGCGGGCACGGUGUCGGAGGACGCGGUGGAGGACGACGGCGGCGGCGGGCGCCUGUCGUGCAGCUCCUCUGAGAUGUCGAAGCUGAGCUCCAAGAGCGCCAAGGAGCGGCGCAACCGCAAGAAGAAGUGGCGCCAGAAGGAGCAGGAGAAGGAGAAGGGCGACAGCGAGAAGUUCGUCAAGUCCGAGUCGGACGACGGCAGCAAGAGGAGCCGCUUCCGCUUCCCCGACAACCGCCUGGGGCGAAAGUCUUCCAUUAUGAACCAGUCCCUCCUCAGCAUCCCCGGCUCGCCGUUCCUGUCCCGUCACAACAGCAAGAGCAGCAUCUUCAGCUUCAAGGGCCGCAGCAAGGACGUGGGCUCCGAGAACGAGUUCGCCGACGACGAGCACAGCACGGUGGAGGAGUGCGAGGAGCGCCGGGGCUCCCUCUUCAGCCCGUACCGCCGCAGCAGCUACAGCGGCUUCCACGGCAAGAGAAACAGCACGGUGGAUUGCAACGGCGUGGUGUCGCUCAUUGGCCCCGGGCCUGGCGGACGCCUCCUGCCUGAGGUGAAAAUAGAUAAGGCAGAUUCUGACGAAAGUCCGACUACUGAGGUUGAGGUGAAGAAGAAGCUGUCGGGCUCCCUGAUGGUGUCUGUGGACCAGCUCAAUACCUCCUUUGGGCGGAAAGAGCGGGCCAACAGUGUCAUGAGCGUCAUUACCAACACACUAGUGGAGGAACUGGAAGAGUCUCAGCGCAAGUGUCCGCCGUGCUGGUAUAAGUUUUCUAACACAUUCCUGAUCUGGGAGUGCAGCCCCACCUGGAUUAAGAUCAAGGAGAUUGUGAACCUGAUAGUGAUGGACCCGUUUGUGGAUUUAGCCAUCACCAUCUGCAUUGUGCUCAACACGCUCUUCAUGGCCAUGGAGCACUACCCCAUGACCUCCGAAUUCGAGGCCAUGCUGUCUGUGGGCAAUCUGGUUUUCACAGGGAUCUUCGCUGGGGAGAUGCUUUUCAAGCUGGUGGCCAUGGAUCCGUACUACUACUUCCAGGAGGCCUGGAACUGUUUCGACGGGUUCAUAGUGACGCUGAGUUUGGUGGAGUUGGCUCUGGCUGACGUUGAGGGUCUGUCUGUGCUCCGGUCGUUCCGUCUGCUGAGAGUCUUUAAGCUGGCCAAGUCGUGGCCCACCCUCAACAUGCUGAUCAAGAUCAUCGGCAACUCCGUGGGAGCCCUGGGGAACCUGACCCUGGUGCUCGCCAUCAUCGUCUUCAUCUUUGCCGUGGUCGGCAUGCAGCUGUUCGGGAAGAGCUACAAGGACUGCGUGUGUAAGAUCAACCAGGACUGCGAGCUGCCCCGCUGGCACAUGAACGACUUCUUCCACUCCUUCCUGAUCGUGUUCCGCGUGCUGUGCGGCGAGUGGAUCGAGACCAUGUGGGACUGCAUGGAGGUCGCGGGCCAGGCCAUGUGCCUCAUCGUCUUCAUGAUGGUUAUGGUGAUUGGUAACCUGGUGGUGCUGAACCUGUUCCUUGCCUUGCUGCUGAGCUCCUUCAGCGCCGACAACCUGGCGGCAACGGACGACGACGGCGAGCCCAACAACCUGCAGAUCGCCGUCAUGCGCAUCAAGAAGGGCAUCGCGUGGAUCAAAGCGAAGGCGCGCAUCCUGGUGGCCAGCCUGCUGCGGAAGCCGCCGAUGGAGGACGAGCAGAAGCCCCUGGACGACAUGUACGACAAGAAGCUGAACUGCAUCGCCAAUCACACGGGCGUGGACAUCAACCGCGACCUGGACUACGUCAAGAACGGCAACGGCACCACCAGCGGCAUCGGCAGCAGCGUGGGCAAGUACAUGAUCGACGAGGACCACAUGUCGUUCAUCCACAACCCCAACCUGACGGUGUGCGUGCCCAUUGCCGUGGGAGAGUCUGACUUUGAGAACCUCAACACAGAGGACUUCAGCAGCGAGUCGGACAUUGAAAACAGCAAAGAGCUGGACGACACCAGUUCGUCGGAAGGCAGCACUAUAGACAUCAAACCAGAUGUGGAGGAGGUGGUGGUGGUGGAGCCGGUGGAGGAAUACAUGGAGCCAGAGUCAUGUUGGACCGAUGCUUGUGUGGCCAAGUAUAAGUGCUGUGACGUUGACAUCACUAUGGGAUGGGGGAAGAGCUGGUGGUUCCUGAGAAAGACCUGCUACCUGAUCGUGGAGCACAACUGGUUUGAGACCCUGAUCAUCUUCAUGAUCCUCCUAAGUAGUGGAGCUCUGGCCUUUGAAGACGUGUACAUCGAGCAGAGGAAGACCAUUCGGAUCAUUUUGGAGUACGCCGACAGAGUCUUCACCUACAUCUUCAUCCUGGAGAUGUUGCUGAAAUGGGUCGCUUACGGUUUCGUCAAGUACUUCACCAAUGCCUGGUGUUGGCUGGACUUCUUCAUUGUGGAUGUGUCUAUAGUCAGCCUUGUAGCUAAUGCGCUGGGCUACUCCGAUCUAGGGCCCAUUAAAUCACUCAGGACACUAAGGGCCUUGAGACCCCUCAGAGCCUUGUCACGUUUUGAAGGGAUGAGGGUGGUAGUCAACGCCUUGGUGGGAGCCAUCCCUUCCAUUAUGAAUGUGUUGCUGGUUUGCCUCAUCUUUUGGCUGAUUUUCAGUAUCAUGGGGGUCAACAUGUUUGCGGGCAAGUACUACUACUGUUUCAAUGAGACGUCAGAGGAGUAUUUUGAAGUCGACGUGGUCAACAACAGGUCCCAGUGCGAGGCCCUCAUCAAUCAGAACUAUACUGAGGUCAGGUGGAAGAACGUCAAGAUCAACUUCGACAACGUGGGCGCUGGCUACCUGGCCUUGCUGCAAGUGGCCACAUUCAAAGGCUGGAUGGACAUUAUGUAUGCCGCUGUGGAUUCCAGAGCGGUUGAAGACCAGCCUGCUUACGAAGUCAACAUCUACAUGUACAUAUACUUUGUGGUUUUCAUCAUCUUUGGAUCCUUCUUCACCCUCAACCUCUUCAUUGGUGUGAUCAUCGACAACUUCAACCAGCAGAAGAAAAAGUUUGGAGGCCAGGACAUCUUCAUGACUGAGGAGCAGAAGAAGUACUACAAUGCCAUGAAAAAGCUGGGGUCCAAAAAGCCUCAGAAACCUAUUCCCCGACCAACAAACAAGAUCCAGGGCAUGGUGUUUGACUUUGUGACUCAGCAGGUUUUUGACAUCUCCAUCAUGAUUCUCAUCUGCCUCAACAUGGUCACAAUGAUGGUGGAAACCGACGACCAGUCUGAUGAAACAGAGAUGGUUCUCUACUGGGUCAACUUCAUCUUCAUUGUAGUCUUCACCACAGAGUUCUUGUUGAAACUCUUUGCUCUCCGCCAUUAUUACUUCACCAAUGGUUGGAACAUCUUUGAUGUGGUGGUGGUCAUCCUGUCUAUUGUUGGUAUGUUCUUGGCUGACAUUAUUGAGAAAUACUUUGUAUCACCGACCCUGUUUAGGGUGAUCCGAUUGGCUCGUAUCGGCCGCAUCCUGCGUCUGAUCAAAGGCGCCAAAGGCAUCCGGACAUUACUGUUUGCACUGAUGAUGUCACUGCCAGCCCUGUUCAACAUCGGCCUGCUGCUCUUCCUGGUCAUGUUCAUCUUCUCCAUCUUCGGCAUGUCUAACUUUGGCUACGUCAAACACGGAGCUGGGAUCGACGACCUGUACAACUUCGAGACAUUUGGGAACAGCAUGAUCAUCCUGUUCAUGAUCACCACGUCGGCCGGCUGGGAUGGCCUGCUACUGCCGAUCCUCAACUACCCACCGGACUGCAAUCCCAACCUGGAGAACCCUGGAACGUCGGUGAAGGGUGACUGUGGUAAUCCCUCGGUGGGAAUCUUCUUUUUUGUCAUGUACAUCAUCAUUUCUUUCCUGAUUGUAGUGAACAUGUACAUUGCCAUUAUCCUUGAGAACUUCAGUGUGGCCACAGAGGAGAGUGCGGAUCCCCUCAGUGAGGACGACUUUGAGACCUUCUAUGAGAUCUGGGAAAAGUUUGACCCCACUGCCUCUCAGUUUAUCACAUUUGCCAAGCUGCCUGACUUUGCCGAUGCACUGGAGCACCCACUUCGCGUGCCAAAGCCCAAUACUAUAGAACUUAUUGCCAUGGACAUGCCUAUGGUGAGUGGCGAUCGCAUUCACUGCCUGGACAUCCUGUUUGCCUUCACAAAGCGCGUGCUGGGUGACAGCGGCGAGUUGGACAUGCUGAGGCAGCAGAUGGAGGAGCGCUUUGUGGCGGCCAACCCCUCCAAGGUGUCGUACGAGCCCAUCACCACGACCCUCCGCCGCAAACAGGAGGACGUGUCGGCUCGAAUUAUCCAGAACGCCUACCGCGCUCACCUCAUCAGGCGAGGCAUCAUCUUCAAGCGCCACACCUUCACUAACAACAAGCUGGAGAACGGCGAGACCAACCAGGAGAAGAAGGAGAGCACGCCGUCCACCGCCUCUCUCCCCUCGUACGACAGCGUGACCAAACCCGACAAAGAGAAGCAGGACGACAACAAGGAGGAGUGGGCCAGGAAAGAGAAGGAUAAAAACCAAAAAGACGAGUGGGAAUCCAAGUGUUAGAGUUCAGAGACUCGACAAGUCCUAUAAAACACAGCGAGAGGAGACUCUGAGCCCAAACCCAACAAAUGUAGAAAAAGUGAUCAUUUGCAAGUAAGAAAAAAAACAACAAAACAAACAAAAAAAAAUGUUUACAGACUCAAAUAUUACUGAGGCAGUGUGGUUUCUUAUGUCAUCAAAGACAGCUGAACCAAACACAAUCAGUUUACCGUGGAACAUUUGCUGCAUAGUGACCAAGUUCAUAGAAAAAAACAAGAACAGUGACUCAUGAUGUGCUGGCCAGUGACACGUUUCUUUGGGGACCAACCGCCAUGGCACAGAAAAUCUCCGCUAGAUUAUUGGAGAUUUGCAAAAUCCCUGCCACCACCAGGUGUGGACCCGGUACAGCAGGCCUCCAGUGCACCGGGACUGGAUCUUACAGCUCCCACUAGAACUGUGUCAGCAGUCUAAAGGCGGGUCUGUAACGCUGAGUUUACCAUCUUCAUCGAGGAAACAAUAAUCAACCGAGCAAGUUUAGCUAGGAAGGAACACUAGCGAGGGAAGGGGAAACCCAGAGCUGUAGAUGGAGGUCUUUUGUUCGUUUGUGCUGAGUAUACUUGCAUUUUUAUUUGAGCAGCAAAAAAAGACAACAUUUAGCCCAUGCCACUAGUCCUCUCAUUUCCUCUUUGUUAACCUGACAUUGAAAAAGACGUUUUCUAUGUGGGCUCUCACACUGACCGGGCAGGGGUCCCUAGUCAUGGCUGUGACUCGGGCAAGAGGACACUCGCUCCGGGGCGAGUUCCAGAUAAAUAAUAAUUAUUGUGCUCGUUCAAUGCAUACAGUUGACUUGCAUGAAGGCAUGCUUUGAUCAGGAAUCAUGCAUGAGUAAUCAUAGUCCACAAGACACAAAUUCUCAGACCACUGCAGUAGGUCGACUGUACGUUUGAAGCCAUCCACUGGGGUAAUUACAAUAACUAUAAAUGGGGAAUUCUGAUUUUAGGUACUGACGUGGAGAAUAUUUGGGGAAUGCAACAACUCGAGCUGGAAAGGAGGGAUUUUUUGCUGCUCUGAAUGUUCCUAGUGAUCUGAGUGUGGCGUGUGUGAGCAUUAGGGUAAAGAAUGUCCUCAUGUUGAGGGUGUCGAGACUUGGAGGCUGUGUCAGUAGUCCUAAAGACAAUUUAGGGCUCGCAUCUCUUUGUUUACUUACAUCCAUUGUGCAGUCACUUUCCGUACACAACUGUGGUCCCUGCUAUGGCACUGGGAGCAGGGGAGGUUUCAUGCCAAGGACUUGGAAAAGGGACACAAUGGGAAUUUAGAUUAGAGUCAGGGAAGUGGCCGACAGAAAAGCGCAUGUAGGUGCAUGCACUGAUUAGUAGAUUUACAGGUUCUUCAUUUCAAUGUGUCCCUUUCGGUGAUGUCUUACUGCAGACCGUGCUUUUCAGACAAUUUGAGUUGCUAGCUUUAGACAAAAAAGCCGUCUCUGAUGUCCUCGAUGCAGUCAAGCUUUGAUCAGCGGCACCGAGUUAGUGGAGAGUUAUCACAAAGACAUGCCUUGUCGUGCCUAGCAUGCGUGGAGGCUGGGCGGCCGUGAAGGGCUUGCAUUUGGGACUGUUGAACAAAAAAAGGACUUUGUGCGAUGUCAGAGGUGGUCGGAGGAUAAAUUACAAAACCAAAAGCGGACCAACAAAUAGAUAGGACCUCUUCCUUCAGCGUUUUAGACUGACUGCCAUAGGAAUAAGAGAAAGGCAAAAGCCGGAGAAGAGAGUAGUGUUGUGGUCUGAGUCCGCGUGCUGAAAGGCCCAUGUUUGUCAGUGUAUCAUUGUGCUUCUGUGGGACCUCUUGAACACUGUGUGGUGUUGGACCCAGGCUCACACCAUCGUCAUUUACAGCUCUCCAUGCAUUCAAUCGCGUUCACCUGCUUUGAAAAUAAUCAGAAAGAGUCAGAAACCUAACACUUGCCUAGAUAAAACAUCAGCAGGCCUCACAUCGACACAACUAUGUUGUAUAAUAAGCUUUGUGGGUGUUUUUCAUAAAAAAAAAAGCUGAGGCUUUGUUCAGUGGUAUACGAGACACAGCUGCCUGUUUAGGUGUUCCUGCCAUUUGUUUUCUACACAGGAGUGACGGUCCUAUUUCUAAGCGGAUGUCUGGACUCAAAUCUAGCCUCCACUGUCACACCACUGAUGCCAUUUUGGUGUGUUUAACACUGCCUGUUUCAGAACCCCCUGUCUGUAAGAAAAACCGAGGUCUGUUUACAAAUUUGAGGUCUCCGAAUCAGUUUGGCUGCUGCACACUGAAACCAAAUACAUUCCCAACGAGAACCGCCGGAGGAGUGAGUAACGCCAUUCGACAAAACCCGUGUUCAUCUUGGAUGUAACGUUUUAGAAUGACUCAUUCACACACGUGAAAAACGAAAAGGAAAUAAAAAAUCAAAAAAGAAAACACAAAAACAUAUAUGUACAGUGCAGGCUAUGAUGUAAAUGGCACAAUUGCUGAAAAAGAAUGAACUUUUUGAGAGAAACUAUAAAUAUUGUAUUAUAUUAUUUUAUUUUAUCAGCAUGCUUUGUUGUGUUUUUUUGUAAAUAUGGAAUUUUAAAAAUGUUACUACUAAUAAUCAAAAAAUGAAUAAUAACAAUAAUAUAGAAUGGCUUCCAGCUAUGCCCUUUGUCACAUUUGUUACCUUUUGGAUCUUUUGAGACACUUUUCACUUUGUUGACGGAAAUUGAAUGAAAUAUAGAUAUUAUAUAAUACAAAAGAUAUAUACAUGUAUACAUAUAUGUCUAUAUGUAUAUACAUAAAACAGAGAACACUGUUUGUCACAUUUGAUUUAUGUGCAACACGUUCAGUGGAUGUCUAAAAGUGGUUGUUUCCAGCACUCUUCUAUGUUGGGGAAUAGCUCAUAUGCGAUGUUACUGGAGCUGCUUGCCAUGGAUUGUAGCCUGAUCGUAAUGAACGAGUAAUGUUACCAGCACAUUUCCCACUGCUGUCAUAUCGCUCACCUUCACUGAGUGUACAGGACAUCGUCAGAACCAUGACCACACACACACACACACACACACACACACACACACACACACACACACACACACACACACACACACACACACACCAGUGCCAUUACAGCUCCACGUGCAUUCUGAACAUCCACGUACCUGCUUAUCAUCGUCACAGUUUCUUUCGUUCGAACCGAUUGUUUCUAGUGUUUCACUCAAUGGCAUGUGCCUUUUUUCUGCUUUUUCUGCGAAUCUGGAUGUUAAUGCCACACUGAAAAUCAAAAAUAAAGAAAAAAAAAGAGACGACACGACAAGACAGCGUGUUUCCAAACUGUUCAUGGAGGGGGGGUUCGGAGGUGAGCACAACAUUAAUCAGGGAUGUCGAGUCAGAAAUACUGCCGGACGAUCAUCCAGACACCCCACCUCAUCUUAAUAUUCAACAGUGUGUGAUGUUAACAGAAAACAGCUAACUCGAAAAUGUCCUGUUCUUAGUGCUGUGUGUGUCACCCACUUGGCUUGUGAAAAAGCAGCUUGCCUUCUAUAUUUCCGUUUAAUUUCUUCUAUAUUUCCGUUUCCAUCUGAAAUUUAUUUUUGUAUCGAUAUUGGAUUAUAGGACUCGUUCUUUUUUUUAGCAUGGUUUAUUAUGGGCGUUCUUUCUUUUUUGCUGAAGAAUUAAAAAGUGCUUUUCAAACUGUUGUUAUCAUUUACACCGUGAUAAAAAGGGUUAUACAGUACAAUACCAUGAUGUGUUGCACAACCACUUGACUGGACUCUUGGUAAGAAUAUAUGAAAGAUUGUCUUCAUUUGAGCACGAACCUUUUUAUUACCAAUAAAGCAGCCUUCCAGUUACAA